ACAACAGUCUCUCAGUUGACCUGUCGAGUUUCGACAUGUUACAAUAUAAAUUAUUGUUAUUUUGUUUUGCACUAAUUACACAAUCUAUUGUUUGGACAUCAGCUCAAGACGAUACACAUUUUGAGGAUUAUGAUGUACCCUCGGACAUUGGCACAGAGGAGCCGAAAGAAGUGCCGAAAAGAAUCGUUAAUGGAACAAAGGCCAUUUUGGGACAAUUUCCACAACAGGUGUCCUUGCGAAGGAGGUAUUCGCAAUCGCACUUCUGUGGAGGUAGCAUUAUAACUCCAGGAUGGAUUUUAACGGCAAGUCACUGCAUGUUCGACCGAUCGGGUAAGAUACUCGAACCAUACUCAGUAAUAAUCGUCGCGGGUGACGUUAUUCUGAAGAGCAUAAAACUGUCUUACCAAUGGCGCGGAGUUAAAAGAAUCAUCAUCCAUCCACACUUCAAUUCUUACACUCUAGAAAACGAUGUUAGUCUUCUUCAGCUUAAAAAGCCAUUCACGUUCGACCCACUGGUGAACGCGGCCCCCUUGGCUCGCACGUUCGUGAGGUCAGGUACGGUGUGCCAAGUUUCCGGAUGGGGCUACCAAAAGCACGAAGACGGCAUCGUGAGUCAACACUUGUUGUACGUGGAUCUUCCACUGAUUUCCGUGCCCCUGUGCCGCAAGCUGCUGUGGAAUAUUUCAAACGUACCCGUGGGAAUGUAUUGCGCUGGGUACAAGGGCGGUGGUCGCGACGCCUGUCAGGGUGAUUCGGGGGGCGGGAUGCUGUGCAUGGGUCGACUGACGGGUGUCGUGUCCGGUGGUGAAGGCUGCGCCUGGCCGGACCGGCCGGGGCUUUACUCCGACAUAAAGGUUUUUUUGCCGUGGAUCGAGCAAUUCGUCGAUCUUAAUGAAAAACACCCCAUGCAAUUGCAUCCCAUCAAGAGGGUGAACGCAAACUCGGCGAUUCGAUUGCCGCCGUCUUUCCGGGGCAUAUUGGCAGCGAGUGUUUUCUACUUGAUCUAUUAUAUUUGAGUGCGUUUUUUUUUUUAUUUUUAAAAAUAAUAUUGGAUUCGUUUGAAUUUUUGACCGUGUCCAAGUGUUACGUUUCAACGUAGCUAGUGAAUCGAAAAUUGUACAAA